CUGCCCCGGCAGCAGCAGCAGCAGCAGCAGCAGCAGCAGCAGCAGCGGCGGCGUCCGUCUGAGCCGGGCGGAUGGCGGAGUCCGGGCCUCAGCCCCCGGGGGGCGCCCCGAGCCGGCACGAGAAGAGCCUGGGUCUCCUCACCACCAAGUUCGUGUCGCUUCUGCAGGAGGCCAAGGACGGCGUGCUCGACCUCAAGCUGGUUUUUUCUUUUGUGCUUCCUGCACAGGCAGCAGACACCCUGGCAGUGCGGCAGAAACGGCGCAUUUAUGACAUCACAAAUGUCCUUGAAGGCAUCGGGCUAAUCGAGAAGAAAUCCAAGAAUAGUAUUCAGUGGAAAGGUGUAGGCCCUGGCUGUAACACUCGUGAAAUUGCCCACAAGCUGAUUGAAUUGAAGGCUGAGAUUGAGGAUCUGGAGCAGCGGGAGCGAGAGCUGGAACAGCAGAAGAUGUGGGUGCAACAAAGCAUCAAAAAUGUGACAGAUGAUGUGCAAAACAGCCAGUUAGCGUAUGUGACGGAUGAGGAUCUCUGCAAAUGCUUCCCAGGUGAUACACUGUUAGCCAUUCGAGCCCCAUCAGGCACUCAGUUAGAAGUUCCUGUCCCUGAGGGCUUAAACGGCCAAAGAAAGUACCAGAUCCACCUGAAAAGCACAAGCGGUCCCAUUGAUGUUCUGCUAGUCAACAAAGAUGCCUGGAGCUCUCCUCCAGUAGUACUUCCUGUCCCUCCCCCUGAAGACCUUAUUCAGUGUCAGUCGGUCACUCCUUUGAAACCUCAAAAACCACCUGCUACCCAUUCUCGUGGAGCGUGCGUCCCCAGCGGUACCCAUUGUUCGACGCCCACAUCCAGCAGCACGCAGGACCAUGUUUCUCUUGCACAGAAAACGGCCAGUGGUACAGAAAGCGGCACCUUGAUAGCAAAAUCCCAAAGGAGUGGGGAGUUGGACCCUCUCACUCCCUCCACAGCGUCAGCCAGUCCCCCAGCUGGGCUGGAUACACAGCCCCUCCAGUCGUCUGCAUUGCUGGACAGUAGCUCCGUCCUGCCCAGUCCUUCUACCUCCUUUGAGCCGAUCAAGCCAGACCCUACAGAAAUACUGGAACUUCCCAAAGAGCUUUCAGAGAUGUUUGAACCAGGCCGAGAAUGCAUGAAUUCUGAGCUGCUUGAAGAACUAAUGUCCUCUGAAGUGUUUGCUCCCUUGCUCCGUCUCUCCCCUCCUCCUGGUGACCACGAUUACAUCUACAAUCUGGACGAGAGUGAAGGGGUGUGUGACCUCUUUGAUGUCCCCAUCCUCAACCUCUGACCCCAGCAUCUGGCAGGAUAACUUUGGGAUACUAAUUUUGUUUUUCCAAAACAACCCUGUCUUUGAAGAAAACAAAGCCUUUCUGUUUUGAGACUGUUUGCUAGAGCUUGAAUGACACUUCAAGCUGCUAUGUACUUGUUGCAAAAUCAGAUAUUUCACCAGUUGUCUGAAGGACAGCCAUAGUCUUCAAACUUCAAAUCCAACAGGGAUGAAUGUCUGGACUGGCAGCUUCUGUCUCUAGCUUCUUUCUUGUGUUGCACACGCCGAGUCCCCUGAUUUGUUCCAUUCAAGUUGUCCUUUCACUGAAUCCUGGCCCUCCGUUCACAGGCCUGGCUACCGGAUCUUCCUGAACAGCAGAAACGCUUCCUUGGGUCCACAUAAGCCAUCUUGGGCUUCUCUGCACAGCUGGAGGCACUUUCCAUCUCUUUGUAAUAUUGCAGCCAGGUUUGCUUUGGUUGGUUGGGGAGCACGUUUCAGCCCAUCUUCUACCCUGUCUAUAUCAGUCUGUGCCCCUUUUAGCAACUCUACACUUCCCCAUGAUGAACAGGGAGAAAUUGAAGCACUGGGGAAACUUGGAUUGGUUUUGCACACAGAAAAUGCUCUGAAACAGCAUUUUAGUUCUCAUUCCUGGUGUACCUUGAGGCACAGUGAUAAUGUAAGCAAAAAAAGUUGCACCUUUUCUAGCCACUUAAGUUUAAAACAAAAAUGUGCCAGUUUUGCACACUCAAAAGACUUUCCAAAUUGAGACAAUUAUCCAAACUGCCUGCUGCAUUAUUCUCUUUGCAAGAAGGUACAGCUGGGAUGUGUGCUGUGCUCUGUGCGGCCCCAAGCAGUUUGAGGGGGAUCUGGAAAGGAAAAUUAUUAAACUGAGCUGGCAAAUUAGAUCUGGCCAACUCUGUUAAUGCAGCUCAUUUUGUCUGCAGUCUGUCCUUAACCCAUCCUUUUGUUUUCUAAUAGCAAGCAAGCAUUGACAACCCUUUCUCCUCUACCUUCCUGGUCCUUGAUCUGGAGGUUUCCUCGCACCAGAUCUCCUUUGCACUUCAUAAAACCUCAGUGGCAGCUAUAUCCUUCCACAUUCUGGUCUCUAUGUUUGUGUAUUUGUUUUUUGUUUGUUUGUUUUGUUUUUAACCAGAUGCCAACGUCUAACUUAAGAGCUUCUGGCCCUUACUUUGCACAUUGUUGUGGUCAUGGAUAGCUCUACCUAUAAGGUGACCUUGGGAAUGGAAGGGAGUUAAAUCUAGAGCUGGAGCUUCUUUGCAUCCCAACCCAAAACUUGCUGCUUUGGUGGAAGCCCAUUAUCAGUAGGACUUAAUGACAAGGAAUGCAGAUGUAGUUCUAUGAGCUGCUGAGUUAAAGCCAGCCACAUAACAAAGGAACAUAUCUCUCCUGAUAGUGCCCAGUAUAUGCCAGGCAGACCUGUUGCUCUGUCUUGCUUCUUGAGUAUGGCCAAGGAUAUGUGAAAACAAGACUCCAGUUUCACUGGAGUAGAACCUGUGGCCCUCAGGUUCUCUUGACUCAUCAGCCUCAGCCACUGUGUCCAGUGAUACAAGUGAUUUAUGGGUAUUAUCAGCUGGAGGGCCAGAGGUUCCUCACAAGUCGAUUGCCUGCUACUGUUAGGCUACAAGUCCCAUAAUCCAUUAUCACUGGCCAUUAUGGAUGGGAUUUUCUGGAACCCCAAUACUGUAAUUCUCUAUUCUGAGAGUUUUCCCUCCCUUGUAGGUACGUGAAAAACUACUAGGAGAAAGGCCUAAAUUAGAAGGCUUUGGGGCAUAGUUAGGCCAAGCUCCACCCAAGUGCCCCUGCUCAGAAAGAAAACUCAAAGUUAGCACCAGAGUUGGAACAGGAAAUUUGGGAGAAGCUGGACUUUGCUAAGCAUCAGAGGCUUCUAAUUUGUGCCUUUCUCCCAGAUGUAUCACGUUGUAGUAUUUGCCAGGUGCCUGCAAGUUAGGUAGGUAGAAUAGAGAGUUAUUGCAUUGGUGGUCCAUAAAGUAUGAAAGUAGCACCCUACUGGCCAUUGUGGAUGGGGCUAAUGGGAACAAAAGGCCCCCCCAAACAUGGGAGGCAACAAAUUGGCUCCCUUAGGUCUCAUUCACAAGAAACCUGCUGUUUUUCAGGUGCUUUACAAAUGCACAGUGAGCAGAACUGAUGGAAGUUGUUUCAGAUAUCUGGGAAUGUUCCUCUUUGUUAUCAACUUGCUGCUCACUAAGAUGAUGUCCUAGAUAAGUUACAUAAGAAGCAAUGUACAAUGGUGACGGGUGGGUGGGUUGAAUUUUGAUUCUUAUAUAAAGAUUAUUUUUAUACUUUUUUGCAGCAAAAGACUUGCCUGUAAUAUUUGUACAUCUCCCCACCCCAACGGAAUAAACAAGAACCUUUCCAAA